UUCUGCUGUUUUCUUCCUUUCCUGUUUCUCUUUCCCAUAAACAAAACUCAAUCCUUCAUGGGAGUGGCUGACUCUGGGUUGAUACUGUGGAUAUUUAUUGUUUGUAACUAUCAAAACAUUCGCAAUAGGAGUAGAGAUGAAGUAGAAUGUAUGAGAAAAAUUCUAUUAAUUGAAUUCUUUUGCAAGUUCAGGGGAAUGAUGAAGUCUUGUACAUACAGGCCUGAUCAUGGGGCAGACGUUCAGAGGUACGUGUGGAAUUACUAUGUCUUUUCCAGGAAAGGUUAGAUGCUUUGCUACCUUUUGGGAAAACUGAGAUAAUAAAAGGAAUAGAAGAAAAUUCUCUAUAUCCAACUCCCUGUGUUUUUACUCCUACAAUAUACUUUUUAGUCUUGAAAGAAAACCCUUCUAGAUAUUCUGCUGAAGUGGGACAUAAUGCAUUGAAGGAGGCAAAAGGCAAGAGCAUCCAGAGAUUUGAAAAUCAGUAUUGGUUUCCUUUAUUUAAUUCUCAGACCUAUAGAGCAACGGUGUCACUCAGUGGGAAAGAACAUGGGAGUGGAGACCUACUGUACAUGCACGGCAGUUAUAUAGAAAAAGCCAUAUGCUGAAAUGUUUCUUCUUCCCUCUUCACCUUGCUUUUCUCCCUCUUAGAGCUGACUCAACUUCACCUUGCUCUCACGGAAUGUCUGAGGGUACUUUGAAUUGCAGAUUGAACUAAGAAAAGAGUGGAAAAGUGAUUCACUAUUUGGUUUGUAAAUAGAUGGAAGUGUCUACAAGGUCUUAUCUGCUUUUUUUGUCAGCAUUUAUAUUAAGUGAUAAAUGAAUGAAGAACAUCUUGAAACAUUUCUUGUUUUCUGUCUGGGGUGAAUGUACAUAUUUCUAAAUUUUGUGUGACAGGUAAGACAUGUCAGACCAUCUGAGUAAGAUUUUCACCAGCUCGAAGUGUGAGUGUUCUGUGCCGGGCUGGAGCAUGAGACAAAGAGCAGAGAAGCCACAUGUCUCCUGGGUUUGGUCUGCGCUUUUGACCUGUUGACAAAGUGGCUCCUUCACUUGUUCACCAGAGGUGAACAAGAAAACAUACUCAAAAAAAUCAGUUUUGUUAAUUACUCAGACCCUUCAGGGCAAGGAGUGAGCAGCAUUUGUCUAACGUUGAGCCUGGUUUGGAACUUGCCUUAAAGUGAGAAUACAUUUUGCUCCGCAGUCUGCUUUGUGGUUUUUAGUCUUCUCCUUUCACAUCUUUUUGUGGUCUUUAACAAGUCAUUGUCUUUAAAUCUGAAACUGGAUGAAGCUGCUGCUUCACUGAAAAACUGCUCCUUCUACUCCAGGGCAAGCACAGCCUUCUGCCCCUCGAGUUUGUGCAUAAUGUUCAUGACUAUUGUCUUUAUUACUCUUGAGCCUGGGCACCAUGGAUCAAGGUAAACUGUGUUUUACUGGGCUGAAGCCCAUCACCGCUCAUUAUUAGGCCCCCUCUCGCUUCCACACUUUUUUGCUGGAUGACUUGAAGCAUUCAGUUCCUAUAAAGGAAUUGUAUUUAGUGGGAAAUCCAGCGGAAAACUAAGUUUCAGUUUGUGAUGAUUUCCUCUGCCCUUUCUCCCUAGUUUUCGGAUUCAGGAUCCUCAGGUAGUCACUCACUUCAGAAAGUAAAAAAAAAGAGCUGAAAUCCUACAGUGGCUGGCUUUUAAAGGGAAGAUCUGAAGCACUGUGUGGAGUCAGAUCCCCUGGAAGGAUGUGGUGGGUGCUCUGCAUCAGGAGAGAUUGGGGGAAACUUGAUGGGUUUCUUCAUGUGAAAAGGGGGGAGACCAGGCUUAAGUGGAUGGUACCUGCUGGAAUUUUUUUCCCUUUGGAUAUGGACAGCAGGAUAGAAAGAAUCUUGAGAAUGCCAACUUGGGAGAUUGCUUGAUCCCAUCUCGCUCGGUGAAUGCAAGAGUCAUUUUCCCUGUGAGACUCAACAGCAACCACCCAAAGCACAAAACAAAAUUAAGGCAAUUUUUGUUCCUCCUCACCAAUCAGGUAUGUUUAAGAAGUGUUUCUUUCCAGCCAGGAUGUGUUCAGUUGUUUCUGUAACCUACUUCCUCCUAAGUGUGAGCUCCAACUCCCUGUCUCCAGGACUAAAAGUGUGGGAGAGACUAAAACCAAAGCAUGAUGCUUCAUCUGUCUGGCCACAGGCUGCCAUGCUUCGGUGGUGGAUGGUUUUGAGCCUCUGAUCUUUGCUUUGGGAGUGAAACAGUCCCUCUGUUAGAGCUAACAAGGCAUCUAACAGUUUGUAUUAAGACACUGGCCACCUUGGGUGCUUCCUUAGGGGACAGCUCUGCUCAGAUGCAAGUGCUGGGUUGUUGCUUGGAGCUGAACAAGCCAUAAAUUACCAUUUACAUGCUUUAAUUUUACUCAACUACCCUAGAAUAAAUGCUUUGGGAGCUCUCUGGGAUGUGCACAGUUGUUUGCUUUUGAUUUUACUGCUUUAAACUAUCUCUGAGCACUGGGUAAAUGGAAACCUGUACUUGGAUGUCUGCCUGGGUCUGGGGCAUCCCUAAUCAAUGGGAUCUGAGCAUGUCAGUUACCUCAAAAAAUUAAACCAACAGCCACCUGAAGUAACAAGGAACACUAUGUGAGCCCUUUCUCCUGGAGGACAUUUUUUACAUUACCCAUCAAUUUAUCUCCACAAUCUCUGUCCCAUUUAACUGUGUCCCAUACUGAUAAAGUAAGAUCUUUUACUUAACCCAAACCACUUUGCAAUUGCAUUUUCCAUUAAGGGAAAAUAUUAUUCUUACUGGAGGCUAGGAACAGAAUGGCUUCAGCAUCUGCUGAGCCAGCCUGCUCCUGGGAUUUGAAAUUCAAGUGACGACGCUGCAGAAUUCGUAGAGCAGCUGCAUCCUGGAUCAGAAAUGGUGUUCAGUCCUGCUCACUACUCUGCCUUGUGAAUCCAGACAGGAGCUGGGGGAACUGCUGUUAAUCCUCAGCUUUCCAGCUGUGUAAGUGAAAGGUCGCAGAAUCACAGAAUAUGCUGGUUUGGAAGGGACCCACCAGGAUCACAGAGUCCAACUCCUGGCCCUGCACAGGCACUCCAACAAUCCCACCCUGUGCCUGAAAGUGUUCUCCAAAUGCUUCUGGAGCUCUGGCAGUCUUGGGGCUGUACCUGUUCCCAGUGGACCCUGUUCCAGGACAAUGCGGCUCUUUGUGGCGUGUCUGCUCAGUGUCUGGGGGCUGGCUGCCCCUGAGCGCUACACCGUGGAGGACAUCUGCACCGCGAAGCCACGCGACAUCCCGGUGAACCCCAUCUGCAUCUAUCGCAACCCCGAGAAGAAGCCCCAGGAGGGUGAGGGGCAAGAGCCAGCAAAGGACAAGCUCCCGGAGUCCACCAACCCCCGCGUCUGGGAGCUGUCAAAAGCCAACUCUCGGUUUGCCGUCGUCUUCUACAAGUACCUGGCUGACUCCAAGGACAACGGGGAAAACAUCUUCAUGUCACCCCUCAGCAUUUCCACGGCCUUUGCCAUGACCAAGCUUGGAGCCUGUGGCAGCACCCUCCAGCAGCUCAUGGAGGUCUUUCGAUUCGACACCAUUUCGGAGAAGACAUCGGAUCAGAUCCAUUUCUUCUUUGCCAAGCUGAACUGCCGCCUUUACAAGAAAGCAAACAAAUCCUCAGAGCUGGUAUCAGCCAACCGACUCUUCGGGGAGAAAUCUUUGGUCUUUAAUGAGACUUACCAGAACAUCAGUGAAAUUGUUUAUGGAGCAAAACUCUGGCCCUUGAACUUCAAAGAGAAGCCAGAACUUUCCAGGCAGAUCAUUAAUGAGUGGGUAGCUAAUAAGACAGAGAAGCGCAUUACAGAAGUGAUCCCAGAAAGUGGUAUUGAUGAUCUCACUGUCUUGGUCCUGGUCAACAGCAUUUAUUUUAAGGGGCACUGGAAAUCGCAGUUCCCAGCUCCAAACACAAAACUGGAUAUAUUUCAUAAAGGCAAUGGUGAGACCUGCCAAGUCCCAACUAUGUACCAGGAGUCCAAAUUCCACUACACAUUCGUCUCCCAGGACAAAGUCCAGGUGCUGGAGCUGCCUUACAAAGGGGACGAUAUCACGAUGGUGCUGGUCCUGCCCAGUGCUGGGACGCCGUUGGAAAACGUGGAGCGAAACCUGACAUCGGAGAAGCUGCAGGGCUGGAUAGAUUCCAUGAAGGAGACGUCUCUCUUCGUCUACCUCCCUCGCUUCCGUGUUGAGGACAGCUUCAGUGUCAAGGAAAAGCUGAGGAAAAUGGGGCUGGAAGAUCUCUUCAGUCCAGAAAACGCCAGACUCCCAGGUAUCAUUGCAGAGGGCCGCACAGACCUGUACGUGUCUGAGGCUUUCCACAAAGCCUUCCUUGAGGUGAAUGAAGAAGGCAGUGAGGCCUCAGCCGCCACAGCCGUCACCAUCUCUGGCCGUUCCUUCCCUAUGAACAGAAAAAUCUUCAAUGCCAACAGGCCCUUCCUGCUUUUCAUCCGGGAAGCCUCCCUCAACACCAUCAUCUUCAUGGGCAGGAUAGCUGAUCCUUGCUCCUAAAGGGGCUGGUAGGGCCUCACCUCUCCCUCCUGUACCUCGGGAAAAGGGGAGGUGGGGUAUUGCUACAAAGCGUGGGCUGCUCCUGGGGUGGUUGGUCUUGCUCUUUGGUGCCAGCUGCAGGGAGGGACUGCAUCCAGCUGGGCUGUCCCUGCUCUUCCCUGCCGUGUCAGGUGAGGGGGCUCCUAGGUCACCUCACCUGUCCUGUCCUCCGUGUCAAGGAAAGCUGAAUUUCAUCUGGCACCAGUAUUUUUGUGGCACCCAAGUCCAGCAUUGCUGUCCUUCCUGUGCCCAACCCUCUGUAACUCUAGUCACUUGGUUCAUUAAAACCUAUAGAUCUGUAUGGAACAGACUGCUCUCUGAAUGCACAGUUUACACUAAGCCACCUCCUAGACUUAAAUUCUUCUUUUCCAACAAAUGAGGCCCCACACCAGAAAGGUGAGUGCAGGAGCAGCAGCCUAAGGCUUGUGCUGGCUGGGCUGGGAACACCCUUCUGCGGCUCCCUGCGGGUGGAAGAGCUGCCACACAGCCGUGCCCUGCAUGCCAGCAGCUCUGGUGUGGCCUGUGUGCCCAAGAGCUGGGAGUCACUACUGACAGUCUUGCAUAGCCAAGGCUGUGAAACUCUUUUUGAAUAUUAAGAUUUCAUCUAACAGUUCCUGCAGCAGCAGUGUCCAUGAACCAUGACAGGUAAGGUAACCAGUACCUGUAGCUUUGAUAAAAAUAAAUAAUUUCACCUGCAAGUUUACUCCAGGAGCUGAGGUGUCCUGGUUUGCUGCCAGGCCACAUGUGAUCAGACCUCUUUUCUUCUCAGGGUGGCUGUACUGCUGUAUGACCUUUGGCAGGGCUCUCCUGAAGAUGCAGAUUUCUCCAUUUCAGGCAGCUGUUUCAAACCCAACAGUGAAAGCACAGUUCCUGUCCUCAGGAGGUGAUGGAAGUGGUGUGUGCAGACAGUGGGUUGCACUCCCCAGAGGGCCAUUUGCUCUGGAUUUUGUAGGACCAGUGAAAUAUGCACCUUUGUAAAGCUUCUCUUGGCAGGAAUUGCCGGAGCAGCCACGCAGUGAGGGAGUUAACUUGGA